AUGUUGAUGAUGAAGAUCUCCGCUCUCCUCGCCGUCUCUGUCCUCACCAUCGCCAACCUGUACAGCUCACACGCAGCAUCACUCAGACCCGUGUUAGAUUCUCCAGCAGACGGUGUGAUGAUGUUGAGUGAUUAUGAAGCGAGGAGAUUAUUAAACGCCAUGAUUAAAGAAUUUAUUCAGAUAACAGCAGAGAAAACAGAGCCCAGGUCCGACGCCAACAGCGAGGGCCGAGCGCUGGCCAAGCGAUGCUCCAGCCUCAGCACCUGCGUCCUGGGCAAACUCUCGCAGGAGCUGCACAAAUUACAGACGUUCCCGCGGACUGACGUGGGCGCGGGCACGCCUGGCAAGAAACGCAGCAGCACCUACGAGGAAACGCUCGAUAUGGCCUAA